AUUUUUUACCGUACCUCCUUUAAUUUUUUUGUUUUCCCCAGAAAGCUGAUCUUAACAGGUUACAAAGAAAAUUACUUCUUCAGCCACAUACCUUUGUAUUUAUUUUUAUUUAAAAUAAAAAGCCACAUAAAUGAUAAAAAAAAAUUGGUUUUGGCCAUUUGGCUCCCUCCCGCAAAUUGACACUUUAUAAAAACCUUCCGUACUUUUUUUCCCCCUCCCUCUCUCCCUCUUUACUACCUCCAAGAUGGUAGGAAAGUUGUUGUUUUGGAGGGCAGAGGAGCCGCUCUCUGAUGUUAUGUCCUCUCAGUGCCUGUAGUGGUGCUGUAGGAGGCUGCUGGCUCUCUUCUUGAGCAGCCCCAGCAGCCCUGCCUUCUUUGCUGGAGAAUAUAUUCAGGGAUUCCCCUUAAUAAUCACCUACCCUCUGAGCACUUUGUAGUUUUAAAAUAAUAAAGAGCCCCCAAAGCUUCCUCCCCACAAAAAGCAGGAUCUUCUCAGAGCCAGGGGGGCAGCAGCUCCUCAGCACAGAGCCCGAGCCCAUUCCCAGUCCCUCUGCUGGGGAGGAAACUCUGAUCUGUCAGCCCAACAGAGGGAAAGGGGGGAGAGGAGAGAGAGGAGAAAAAAAAAGCAGCUGGAAAGGGAAAAGAACGUCUGGUAGUUGUGAAGUGAGUCCACUGGAAAGCCCACCAACGCGCUUCACCCCGCACAGACAAUCUGCUUCAUCUUGAUUCAUCAUCAUUCCAGGAUAGAGGUGUCCUUGGGGCUCUCUCUUAACACUGAUAUGGUACAGAAGAUUUAAAAUCAGCUGAUGUUCACAAGGAAUAGAGUCACGUGAUGUAUGAAGGCAAACACAUACACUUCUCUGAGGUUGACAAUAAGCCCUUGUGCUCAUAUAGCCCCAAACUGUGCAAGCAGAGGCGACUUAACGGCUACGCCUUCUGUAUCAGACACGUUCUGGAGGACAAGACUGCCCCCUUCAAGCAAUGUGAAUAUGUGGCCAAGUAUAACAGCCAACGCUGCACCAACCCCAUCCCCAAAUCUGAGGACCGUAGGUACUGCAACAGCCACCUGCAGGUACUUGGCUUUAUACCGAAAAAGGAGAGGAAGAAAAAGAAUGAUCCCAUAGAGGACGUAAAGGUCAGGCAUCAGAUGGAUGCUAUGGCCUUCAGUCUGACAGUGCCCACCCUGGCCUUGAAGAUGCCCAAUGGACUGGAUGGGAUGUCCCUCUCCCCUCCAGGGGCUAGGCUUCCUCUCCACUACCUGGAGGCAGAAUUAGAAGACCCCUUUGCUUUCAAUGAGGAGGAUGAUGACCUAAAGAAAGGGGCAACGGUGAGGAAAAAGUUGCAGAGCAAGUUGGCUCAAAACCGGCAGCGCCAGAGAGAGACAGAGAUUUUAAAAGUUCGCCAAGAGCACUUUAGCCCCCUUCCUGCACCUUUGCAGCAGCAGCCUCUGCAGCAGCAGCACUCCCAUCUGCCACCUUCAUCAGCUUCGUUAAAGCCGACAGGGCUACCGCAGGGCGUAGUCUGCAAGUCACCUCAACCUCCGAACACCAGCCUACCAAUGCAGGGAGUGGCACCCACCACACACACUAUAGCACAAGCCCGGCAGUUGUCCAACAAGAGACCUCUGCCUCUCCUGCCACCCGCUAGGGCUCCUGUCACGGACCCUCCAAGGACUGAUCGGGUCCUCAUGAAAGCCACAGCCUUCUCUCCGCACUCGUCCUGCAUGAGCCGGCUACAGAGACUGGUGAAACUGUGCACUCGAAAACAGCAGCUGGACACUGAUCUGUUUCCACAUUUAGGGCUGGAUUGGUCUGAAGACAGUGGAGAAGAGUUGGAGGAUUCAGAGCAAACCUCCCCUUACCAGGUUGCAUGGUCUAUCCGAGAAACCCUCGGCUAUGAUAGACAUGGGUGCAGUGAUGACAAUGCAGAUGACAGGAGUUCCAGGGUGACCAGACUUUGCACUUACUUUCAGCAGAAAUACAAGCACCUCUGCCGCCUGGAGCGGGCAGAAUCUCGUCAGAAGAAAUGCCGGCACACACUCCGGAAAGCCUUGCUGCAGGCGGCCAGCAGAGAGCCGGAGCGUACUGGGCAACUGAUACAAGAACUCCGAAGAGCUACGUGUGCUCAUACCAGCACAAGCCAAGUGAGGCAGAGAGAUGCAGAACCAACAACCUGUAGUGGAACUUCGAAGGGAGAACAGUGCACUAACAAGGCCCUUCCAUUUACCAGGCAUUGUUUUCAGCAUAUCUUAUUGAACCGUUCUCAGCAGCUCUUCUCAAGUUGCACAGCCAAGUUUGCAGAUGGUCAACAGUGCUCUGUGCCAGUUUUUGACAUUACACAUCAGACACCUCUGUGCGAAGAACAUGCCAAAAAAAUGGACAAUUUCUUGAGAGGGGACAGCUCCCGUAAAGUUCAGCACCAGCAGCAGAGGAAACCCAGGAAAAAAACGAAGCCACCUGCACUUACCAAAAAACACAAGAAGAAGAGAAGGCGAGGCCCACGCCGGCCCCAGAAACCCAUUCCUCCUGCAGUGCCCCAAGGGAACCUCACCAUGCCUGCCAGUGUCUCACUGCCAGUAGAGAUGCCACACAUACGGAGCCCCUCAACACCAGAGCUGAGUGCCGAUGAGCUGCCUGAUGACAUCGCCAAUGAAAUCACAGACAUUCCACAUGACUUGGAAUUGAAUCAGGAGGACUUCUCUGAUGUCCUGCCACGGCUGCCUGAUGACUUGCAAGAUUUUGAUUUCUUUGAAGGUAAAAACGGAGAUCUCCUUCCAACCACAGAAGAGGCAGAGGAACUGGAACGGGCCCUACAGGCUGUAACUUCUCUUGAGUGCCUGAGUACCAUUGGAGUACUUACACAGACAGAUGGUGUGCCAGUUCAGGAGCUGUCAGAUAGAGGGAUAGGGGUGUUCUCUACAGGUGCUGGAGCUCCAGGAAUGCAGUCCUUGAGUCGAGAGGUUAACACGGAUCUGGGGGAGCUGUUGAAUGGGCGUAUAGUACAUGAUAAUUUCUCUGGUCUGGAGCUGGAUGAGAACUUGCUCCGUUCUGCUACCUUGUCCAACCCACCUACGCCCCUGGCAGGGCAGAUCCAGGGGCAAUUCUCAGCCCCAGCCAACGUUGGCCUUACUUCUGCCACUCUGAUAAGCCAGAGUGGCCUUGGGGAGAGAGCCUUCCCAGGACAGUUUCAUGGACUUCAUGAUGGCAGCCAUGCCUCCCAGAGGCCCCACCCUGCCCAGCUGCUGAGCAAGGCAGAUGACCUGAUCACCUCACGACAGCAAUACAGCAGUGACCAUUCACACUCCUCACCCCAUGGAAGCCAUUAUGAUAGUGAGCAUGUGCCGUCUCCCUACAGUGACCAUAUCACAUCCCCUCACACCACAUCCUUUUCUGGUGAUAACCUGGCAGCUACCUUCUCAGCAGAGAUGCCCAUGAUGGCACAGCACUUGCUCCCAACUCAGCUGGAUGUGCCACUUAGUGGGGUGGUCAACCCCAGAACUCACUGGGGAAAUCUUCCUGUCAAUCUUGGGGACCCCUCUCCGUUUAGCAACCUUCUUGGUGCAGAUGGACACCUCCUGUCCACCUCCCUGUCCACACCACCUACCACCUCGCACUCAGAGACCACACAGCCUGCCUUCGCCACUGUGACCCCCAACAGCUCCAGUGUGCUUCCGGGGUUACCGCAGACCAGUUUUAGUGGCAUGGGUCCUGCCUCCGCUGAACUCAUGGCCUCCACCUCCCCUAAACAACAGCUCCCUCAGUUCAGCGCAGCCUUUGGGCACCAGCUGAGCUCCCACAGUGGCAUCCCCAAGGACCUGCAGCCCAGCCACAGCUCCAUAGCUCCUCCCACGGGCUUCGCAGUGACCGGUGCCACCGCUACCAGUACCAAUAACGCAUCUGCGCCCUUCACCACCUCCAACUGAGCUUGUCUGCCUGGCUCUGUGCAGCAAGAGGAGCAGUUGACUGGUUGCCCAGAAAUCUGAAGGCUGUUACAAAGUUAGCCCAGGGGAAAAAAAGAAACUAAACCAGAAGGAUUGAAACAGAUCAUGAGUGAAGAUUAGUGAAGAUUCCUGUGCAGAAAUUCCCACCUUUGCUGAAUUACUGUGGCCUUGUAGCAUUGAUAAUUUGCCUUCUCAAGUGUGGCUUUGUCCAAGAACUCCUUGCCUGACAGGCUGACAGGUAUUUCCCAGCUGAAACUGGAAGAAUUUGGUUGGUGUUCUGCCCAUCCACACAAGUCUAGGUCAGACGCUUGGUAAGUUUCAGAUGGAUGCAUUUCUGAAGUUAUAUCUAGCUACUGAAACUUUGUUGGAUAGUUUUCCUCCCACUGGGAGCCAUAUAAUUUUUCCAAUGCUUGUAGGAUUUGAUGCUCUGUAUGGGAAGCUGAAUGUAUGUAAGGAACUAGCAAGUACCUAUCAGCGGUCAUGGCUAACCAAAAGAGAAAUCACUAAAGCAAAAUAGAGAGAUAAGAACCCCUUCUGUCUGCAGCACAGUUUUGCCUUUACUGCCCACCUGCUAAAGGUAGUAUUCAGACUCUUUGGUAGUAGCUUCAGUUCUUAAAAAAAGCAGUCCAGUAGCUUUUAGAUUUUUAUUUUAUUUUAUGUUUUUUAAUCCAAGAGAUAACAGCAGCAGAAAUUUGUAGGUGUGUUUAAUUGCAUCUCUUUAUUCGGGAAGGGGAACUUGCUUGUGACUUUAUAGGGCUCAAACUUGCUACUGUACUCUGACUUUGACUGUAAAAGUAGCUCCUACUUAAUAUAACAAGUCUCUACUCUUCUUUGUUUGUUUCUGAGAUGCAGAUGAGAGAGAAUGGAAAAUCCCACAUUUCAGUCUUUUACUGACAGAUUUCAUUCUACCUUACAGUAGAACAUCCUACCUGCAUGUAUUCUAAGUCUAAUUCAGGAAAUUAAGAGAUACCAAGCACAUGUAACAGAGAGGCCUAAUAAAUCAUUUGAGCAAGGGAUCAUCGAACGACGUUUAGUUGCUAUAGAAAUUCAUUUUGUUAGCAGUCAGGCCCACACCAGAAUCUCUAACCCAAACCUCUCCUUCCAUCUUGCUAAGGAACAGAAUUUAAAUGGGAUAGGUCUUGUGUCUUCUUACUAUCAUAGCAAUCAUUCUGUCCCUCUUUUCUUGAAAGAUUUGUCCUACUUAAAUACAAAGGAGUAUGGAUGAUGCAUAUGUUCUUUCUGAAAUUGCAAGUGUUAUGUGGGUGGAGGAAACAAAAAUGAUUUUCAUGCUUCUGUUGUUAUGAAGUCCUUAUUUCAUACUUGGUAAAAUAGAUCUUAAUAAUAUAAGCUGAAUAUUUUUAAGUGGUGAUUUAAAUAUGUUUGUAACAUUUAAAUGUUUUUAAAUCAUGUAAAAAGUUGAAUUGAAGCCUAUGAAAUCCUGCUUGUGAUUGUCCUGCUGAUUGAGGAAUGCCCAGUGGUAUUGUGAAAUGAGGCAAAUCUGACAAGGCAUUUAUUUAUUUUUGUAUUAUGUUCCCCAUACUUUGUUGAGGAGACAAUUGUUUGAUUUGCAAAUGAAUUUUGUUGUGUCCGUAUACCUUCUUACAUGUGUUUUGAUGACUGGCUGAAAAAGAGUGGAGAAUUAGUAUACCAAAUGGUUAAUUCUUUAAUCUGCCUCUGUAUUCAUGUCAUUUUAGAGGAUGUUAAUUUCUGUAAAUUGGUUUCAGGACUUUGGUCUUGAAAUCAUUCUUGUGCCCACCAAACUUUAAUGAAGCUGCAGCUAGUGCAGAGUAUAUUUACCCCACAUCACAUUUCUCUUUCUUAGCAAAUGCAGGGGGUGAGGGGAAGGGAAGAGAGGAACAGAGUCUAGUUCUGCUUGGUCGCAUUGGUAUAAGUUAUGGAGGAGCUCUUUGGUCUAAGGUCAUCGUGAGGUUGUACUGGUCUAACUGGGAACAGAACCCAGCUCCUAAUCUGAGCAUUGGUUUAGACAGCGAAUUUCAAAAUCUGCAAAAGCUCUGCAGGUCUGUAAUUCCCAUUUGAAAUCAAUAGCUGUUACGUACCUGCAUUCCUUUAAGGCAGCCUAGGAUAUCAACUCUCUUCACCCACUUAGACUUCAAUUUUUGUAUAAUCUUGAUGACUCUUCCCUGAAAAGUGACUACGUAACAUUUUUCAAUGAGCAAACUAAGUUUGCAAUAAAGCUGCACUUUUAAAAAUAGACUUUGGGUUGUAUACAUUUGAAAUAGGAAUCCCUCUCUCCUGUCUGACACAGAGUUCUGAAAUGGGCCACCACUCUUGCCUUUUCCUGGUUCACCUCCUGUUUUUUCACUGCCGCUGAUUUCAUGGUUACAGCCUUUUAAGCAGUUACGGGUCUUGAUCUUAGCUUUACAUGGUGGAUCAUUCCAGGUGGGCUUCUGCACCCACACAACCUGUUGAUUUCAGUGAAUCAGUGUCUUAUUGUUGGAUGUGAGAGAUCCAGUCUAAAAGGUAAUGUGCAGCCAGAGAUGUUUCACGCCUCUUCCUCUAGGAAAUACUGCAGCUCUGGUUAAGGUGGUCCUUGAGGCCGUUAUUUAUGUGGUUCCUGAGUAGAAUCCAUGCUCUCUCGCAAAGGUUUCUGAGUAUCAUCUCAUAUAGCAAUUAGCACUCUAAUCACCCUUUCACCAAAGAGCCAGUGUAGCAAUUUCAGUCCAUUGAUUUGAAAUGGUCAAUGCCUGUCGUGCCCUUUAUGUGUUAACAAAUGGAAUAAAGGUAGUUUAACCUAAAAGUUAAUUUCUUGACAUAAAAUUUGAGUUUUAAAGAACUGGAGAAAGAAAAAAAGAUAGAUUUAUAAUAAAACACCAGUAACAUCAUUUUUUGUAAUAAUAGCACCUCAAUUAGUCUUUGUACAAAAGUGCUUAACACAGGAUGAACUUUGACAAUGUAUAGGAACAGCCUCAUGCUCUUCUGGUGUUUAAGGCAUUGUGUAAGAGACACUUUCAUGUUUCCUUUCACUUAGGAAGACUGUAUGCCAAGUUUGAGGGGAGCCGUAUGCGCUUAGGUACCUCAAAGUUGAUUUGUUCUUUAGCCUCGUAGUUACUAUGAUACAAGAAGAUGUAUGUCUGAUGCAAGAAGAUGGAAAAGAUGCAUCAUUUUGUCUCUUCCUGCCUUCUAGUUCCUCCAGGCUUUUGCUUAAUUCCCUUCUUGUUAGUAGCAUUCUUCUCUCUAUGGUUGGCAUAAAGCUUUAAAUUGAUAAUGCUGAGAGGUAGCAUAGUUAGGUCUAUAGGUAGCAGGUCUGCCUCUGGCACUGUGGAGAAGAUGGCAACAGCUAGAUUGCCCAUUUCAUUCAGCAGGUUAGUGAAAUGAGGAUUUGCAGUUCUCAUUCAGAAGGCAUUGGAAGACCCCGAGAAGCUUAUCGCCAGCUAGGCAAAGUGCAGAGAUGGUAUUGGAAGUACAAAUGUAAGGGAAAAAAUACCAGAGGAGAGUCAUCCAUAAUAGCAAAGAGAAGCCAAGCGAAGAAAAGCCAUAGGCUUUUUUUGGUUUUGUCCUCCUAGCAGGAGAUGGGUAUUGAAUAAUUGGGAAGUUUUGUUGUGAGUUGUUAGGCACAGUGUGAUGCUACUGGCUUCAGGGGCAUGGCCAGGGCAAAGGGCCUAGGACUGAACCCGCAAACCAGUUGCCAAAUUCAGUUUGAAGGUUUAUUUUGCCGUGUACAGUACAGCAAAGUACAGUUUGGGAUUGAAUCUGCUUGCCAGGAAAGAAGUCUCGUGAAGGAGUGUAAUCAACAGUGGACAGAUGUCUUUACUGAGAACAUGGCCCUGAUGGUUACGUACAUGUGGUUUUGGUCAGCUUCUGAACUCUAGCUCCUCCGUGAGCUGCUGCAGCAUCAUGGCUGCUGUGUUUCCCUGUAGGCAUCAGCAGGGCUCCAGGGGUGUUUCUCGCUGUGCUGCAGCAAACUGGUGAGUUCUCCAACAGGAUGAGCCUUGGGGCAGGGAGGAGAGAAGAAUUCUUAGAGCCAGCUAUCUGCAGUUGAAUCUUUCAGGACUUGUAGGUCAUAUGUUUGGUGGCAGGAGGUGUUUUCAGCAGACAAACAGUAGAAAGUGUACGUGCACUGAUCUACAGUGAGGCGCUGGUGUGGGUGUCUGGGCAGCUUCCCUGGUAGGAUGUUUAGUUUUGGUUUUGUAUUUUUACCAUUUCCUGUGAAGGCUUCUUAGUGCAGGCCUGUUGCAAGGUCCAGUGGUGGUGGCAAUAUUAACUGAAGGAAUAGUCUUGGGCUAAUGUGCUGGCCAGAUCUUUAGGUCUUUCUGAUCUUUUGGGCAACAUUUAGUGAUGGGGUGUUGUGGGAUUCUUGUACUUCCUUUGUUUCGUUUCCCUCUACAUUCUUCAUCAUUCUUUUAUUCUCCCAUUCUGAGAUAGUUCUCCAAUCUAAGUAAUGCCGACUGGUACGUCUUCUGUGGUCCUGAGCAAAUCUGGCUGUAAAAUGAAAAGGAGAGAUUCAUAACAUACAUUUCAGAUGCUAGAAAGACAGUGCAAUGGAUCAAAGUAUUUCUCAAAUCAAUGAGUAAGAUGAUGCUUCACAGCACACUAAUAUGUCAUGCACUAGAUGCUGUGGGUACAACAUUGUUUAUGGGAGUGCACAUGCUAGCAGUGAACGUGCAAGUAUUUUUAGCAAGAGUUUACCUUCUCACAAGUUCCUCUUCUUUUGAGAAGUGCAUCGGUAGAAAGUCAAGAGGAAAAAUGUAAAUUAUUCUUCUUAAUACGCACAAGCCCAAAUAAAAGUAAGGAGAGUUGGUGGAAAAAUCUACAUUUCUGUUUAUUAAACUUAGACUUUAGGAGGAGAGGCCUGCUCAUGAGAGACCUUUAGCUCUAUCAGGUGAAGUUUUGCUUUUGUCUUUAAAACUAAACUAGACAAAAACACUGUUGUUGGGAAAGAAGAGUUUGGUGGAGGAGAAGGAGUUACGAAAGACAUGUCUUUUAACAGUUUUGUUACUCAUGUUUUCAGCCCUUUUUUAAAAAAGGAAAAAAAAAACCCACAUUAGUGACUGUUCUGGGAGCUUUUCCCUUGCUGUUCUGCUACUUCUCAUGGUUGUUGGGUUCUUUGCUUUCUCCUGUUGUGUUUUGCUUUUGCAUACUCAUUCUCUGGCUACUAUGGAAUAAGGUAACAUACUGGAAGCAUGAAAGGAGAAAGUGUGCUUGGCUGUAGAUCGAUAGCAAGAGUUGGAGAAGGCUUUCUUUUUCUGUCUCCUUGAAGUAAGUGUAGGCAUCUUUCAGUCUACUCUGGCUCAUAGAAUUCGGUUUGGAAGUGAACAGGAGGAAACUUGGGCUUUUGACCUUAAAACUGUACUUACUUGAUGUAGAAAAAUGCAUUCUUCCUACUCCUUCUCCCUGCUAGUCCCCCAAACACACACACAGUGAGAUGCCCAGAGUACCCGUGUAUCGACCACAUACGUGUGUUGACCUUGGUCGAGUAAUGCUAAUGUUUUACCUGCUUUCUGUCGCCGUCAGCCGGUGCCCACAGAGGUGAACUCUGGAUAGGUAACUCUCCCAGAUAUCCUCUGGAAAACUUUAACUUUGGUGCAGAUUGCUCUGAUGUAGCUAACUGCGAUGGCAUUGGCUUCUGCCUUGGAGUGGACUGAUUUACCCUGAAAUGACUCUCUAACCUGCGUCUUAAACAGUGUGGUUGGUUCCCGUGCAAAUAGAUUCAUUCUGAAGUGAUGGACAGUUCGAUUCUCAUGCAAAAUAGCUACAUCCUACCAGAAGGGGUUGAACCAGUUUAUCUGAACAGUGAUGACCUUCACUGUACAGUUUUGGGUAUGUCUCAGGGAUUCCUUGUAGAAAUAAGGGCAGUUAACAAAAAACAAAACAAAACAGAAAAAAAAAAAAAAAAAGGAAAAAGAAAAAAAAAGUAAAUAGUUUUAAAAGUAAAUAAUAAUUUAAGGUAGAGCGUCACCUAAGUGAGAGCGCAAGAAGGAGAAAUCUUUGUUCAGUUUCAUAGUCCACAGUGUCUGGCUUAGGGACUCUUUCUCUUCUCGGGGCUCUCAUCUCAAGUUCAACAUACAGAAUCGUUUUCAUCACGCUCAGCUUUAAACUUUUUAUUUAAAGAUACCCUUCCCCAAUGAGCUUUCAGAAUACUUAUUGUAGAUUUUAAGAGAAAUGGUAUAUUAAUUUAUGCUAUUAACAUCACCUCAUAAAUUAUAAGUUUUAUACUAAAGCUGUAUUGAGUGUAAUGAAUUAUGUUGCAUAUGUGUUUUUAAUAGCUAUAAAAUUAUAUACAAGCUUUUUUGGAAAAACAAACUAGUGAAGCACCUUUUUACACUGGAUCUUUGCCGUGUCAAGGUGUACAGCUAUUCUUUGCUACCUUGCAGAUAUCUAUAUCUAUAUAUAGAUAUAUAUAUAAAUGAAAUAAAAUGGUAUCCUGUAUCAACAAGCAUAGAACUCUUUUUAACCCUUAUAUUACUGUUCCUAUAACUCUUUUUAAAUUUUAAGUGUUACAUUCUGCAAUAAUUUAUCUGUGGUUUGUACCUAUGAUUAGAAAUUUAGUUACAGGGUAAAUAGAUCAAAUUAAAAAAAUCCAACUACUGUAGCUGGAAGUUGUGAACCAAGUUUGUAAGACCUUUUCUUUCUUUCUUUCUUUUUUUUUUUUAAUGUAUUUAUUUCCAGUUAGCUCUGUGAGUUGGAAUUUGAAAAGUCAGAACAUUAGGAAUCUACAGUGUCUUAUUCAGGAAUUUUUCCCCUCCUUUCCUCACAAAGGAAUUCCCACUGUGACUUAUAAAUAGAAUUAGACUGCUUGUGUGCAUGUAUGUAUUAUAUAUACACACAAAAAAUAUGCAUUGGGGGGGGAUGUAUGUGCGAUACGAAUGUGUAUAUUGUAUGUAGGUCAUAGUUUUGUAAAGAGAAAAGUAGUCAAGAGGUGAUGGAAUGUAUUGUAGAAAUGUGAUUAUUUAGUAGGGGGUUGUUAUGUCCUCACUGUUGUAUAAAUAACUGAAACUCUCUACUACAUAAUCUUCUGUUAUAAGGCUAACUCUGAUAUCAUGUCAAUUUUACUGUUUUUUAAAUGAGUUGCAUUGAGCCCUAUUUAAAAUGCCAUGAAAAUACCAAGCUCCCAAAGACAGCCUUGAAAUAAAACUAAUGGGGGAGGAGGAGAGAUGGGAGAAAUGAGUGAUGUUUGUCAGGAGAAAUUGAAAUGGGAAGGUUUGCAUUCGGUGGAUGGGGAGGCAUGGGAAUUGCUGUAUCUUUGCAAAUUAAUACCCAAAUCUCCUGUGGUCUGACUUGGAAAAUGUUGUCAAUCGGUGUGCUUGUGUUUUCAAAUUAGGUUGUAAGGGGCACUGUUUGUGUUCUGUAAAAGGAUCUCGUCUUCAAAGUAGAUUAUUUUCUUUCGCGAGGGUUUUUGUGGAUAUUAAUUUUGUCCCAAAAUUGCUGUUGUGGCAUUGCAGAACAAAAUACUUUCAAUCCAGCGAGUUUCACUUGUGCUGUGAAAUUCUGAAUUUAAUUAUGGCCAUUUAACUUUUCCCUCCUCUCCCUCCCCCCUGUAAUUGGAGAAGGAAGAUUUCUUUAUGGAGAGUUCUCACUUGCAAUUGUGAGAAGUCAGAAACAUUCUUACAGAUUGGCUUAUUCUUCAUACUGUUCUAUUUAGGCUGGAGAAAGCAACCUAAUUGUUAUUUAUUCAUACAGUAUCACUUUUAAUGAUGAUGAUCCUGGUGACUUUAGAAAUCUGUUUAGAAAAACAGAGCUUCCAGUAUUGCACAGACACUUGAAUUUUUUGAAGGCAUUUUUUAAGCAGUUGCAAAUCAAAUCAUAAUUUUCAAUUUUUAUUUUUUUUUUUUUAAUAUCCCCCUCCCUAUCAGUAUGUUGACACCCCCUCAGGCAUCCCUCCCCCUUUCCUCUUCCCCACAAUUUGUUUCUGGCACAUACACAUACAAGUGAAAGGGCAGGGAGGUGGAAGUUGUCAGAGGCCUUUCCUUCUGCUUAUUUGGUGGUAAUGGGCGUUACGAGCAUAAAUCUUUAUGCCUUUAUGGAGAAGAAUAUACCCAUUUUUGUGUAUACCUGUACAGAGAGAUCUAUCUGUAUAUGAGAUGUUGGUAGCACUUUGCUGAAUGUGGACUUGCCCUCAUGAUGUACAAUAAAUACGUAUGAAUGCAAUCAAUCUAAAUCUAUAUAUACGUGCAUACAGAUGUAUAGAUGGGGUAUAUGCUGUAUCACACACACGUGCAUUAGUUGUAACAUGAGUGAGUGUGUGAGCUAAAGAGAGAGACUGUCCACGUAACAUGUGUAACAGGUAAGCACUUGUGCCAAACAAGAUUGUUUUAAUUCUUCUGAGGGAUUUGGAUGACAUCAGUGACUGAUCUGAGCUUGGUUACCAUUGAUUUGUGUUACCUCAGCCCUCACAGUGGAGUUGCCUUGGUACGUUUCUGCUUUCAUUUAUUCUAUAUUAGUACUCAACUGAGGCCUCUUGCAAUGCUGACCUCUUCUGCUUCUCUGCUCCAUUGCCUCCAUUCCAGCUCCUCCUUGUCCCUGCAUCCCUACUGUUUCCCUUGCAAGCAGCAAUCAGGUUUAAUGGCCCAAUCCAGCUCUGCUUAUGCAUUAGGAAAAUUCUCUUGGUGACUGUAGUGGAAGCUGAAUUGGGCCCUAAGCACUUGCUUGAACUUAUGCAGAAUUUUCCAGCUAUUCAGUUGUGCUUGAGUAUGACUGUGAUUUGCGAAUGAACACAAACUUUUCUUAGAACCUGAUGCAAAGCUUCCUAGCAUACUAAAAGGUUAACCUGGCAUUGUAUUUUAGAGGUAAAUGCUCAAAAUUAGAACAAUGCACCCACCAAAAAUUAUCUUCAAUUUUCAGCUCCAGGGAGAAAAAGAGAGUUUGGAUUGUGUUUCCCAUAGUGCAGGCAGUAAGCACAAGGCAGCGCUGUGCUCUGUUCUGAGCAGUGGGGUUGUCAUCAAGCAUAUCAAGAGAAACACAGCUUGUUAUAUUUUACCAUUGAACAGAUUUUGAAAUGAGUUGCAGAGUUGACCAUUAACGUGCUAGCACUUUGCAUCCAAUUGUGUAUUGAAUGAUCUUGCUUAUGUAAGUGCAUUGUGGUUUUAAGUAUUUUAUUUUCUGUUUCCUGGCUAAGUGGAGCUUCUAUAUCCUUUUAGCAGAAAGCAGCUGUCAGAACCUGCUCAGUCACAUUUAAGCACUGUUGAAACUCCUGGCUAACUUAGGCUUCAGUUUCAAUGGAGAAUGCUGCUCCAGUUCUGUCAUCGAGUCGUACUGCAUUCCACGUUUUCCGUAUGGAUAUGGCACGAUUUUUUCUUGGCCACAAUUCAGCCAUGGAGUUUUGUCUUCUUUGCAUUUCUAUUAGAAAAAGGUAAUUGAUGUGCUGUUCCACCUGAGCUUUCAUGCAAUCAUACGCGACGAUUUCUAUAAUACAUAUGUUGGGGCGUGUGUAUGGGUAUGUCUGUACUGUGUGCGUAUAAUACGUAUUUAUACACACACGUAUAUUACGCUAUUUCAGUUUAUGUAUGUGGAGAACGUACCUGUUGGUUCUCUCCUGAUAUAUACUCAUGCAUACGUAUAUUAAAUAUGUAUAUAGAGUGUAGAUGUCCUGCAUAUACAUGUGUAUAUGUUAUGAACCUCGGUUGGCAAUUUUUUUCCCCACUCUUUGCAAAUUGCUCUCCCUUAACGACAUAUUCUCACUGAAGCUGCAUUAUAUAGAAGAAAUGGAGAAAUGUGUUAUCAAAGUUUUAUUUUAAAAAGGAGACUCUUAUUAAUUAUCUAAAGCCAUCUAAUUGUCUUUUGAAUUUUUACUAGAAGGGUUGUUAUUUAAAAAAAAAAGUGAAAAAAAAAGGUAAAAAAAAAAAGGAAAACAAAAAAACAAAAGCAAGCAGACAAGCCCUUACUCCCACCAUCGCUUCUAUGGACAUAAGAAAGAAAUGGAAACAAAAGUUUCUAUGUAUUUAUUUCCUUCAGAGGUUUCUGAGGCAUACUGUAAUUGCAUUCUGCCCCAUCCCCCUUUUGUCCAAUUAUAAUUAAUGAUUCAUGGUUUCUUUUACAGAGCUUUUUCCCUCAUUACUUUACUUUUGUAAAUCAUUGUUCACCUCCUACGUUCGGUAGUACUGAUAGCACUAAGGAGGUUUCAUGUCCUUCUGUCCUUUUUGGGAGAAAUACCAGAGCAUCACUAUUGUGUUACAUUUUAACAUACUUUGUGGAGGAUGGAUGUUCUUAUUGAAGAUGUCUGUAACAAGUCUUUAACUUAUUUAAUGUGAGAAGCCUUCAUUGGAAUCUAUAGUUCGUUUGUUUCCAAUGAGUUUCUGCAACUGUUUUUUCAUCAAGAUAUUAAGUAGUUCCCUUCUUAUUUGAUUCCUGAGGUUUUAGGGUUUGGGUUUAUUGUUGUGGGUUUGGGUUUUGUUGUUGGGUUUUUUCCCUCCAAUUCUACAAAAUGUUUUUCUGCAAGUGCAGCAAAACAGAUGUCAGGAUCUCAACCAAUAUCCUUCUUGCAGUUAAGGGUAAAUAUCUUUAUCCCAGAUUUAAUAAAAGAGAAGGUGGCAAAUGGACAAUCCAAAGCGCUUAGAGGGAAUGCUCACUCUUUUUAAGGCUGUCUCAGAGAAGUUUGUGUUUGGUGUCAUUUUAAAGGUAGC